GGGAGUGGGGCGGGGCUCCUGGAGGCGUGCUGCAGCCACGUCCCGCGGUCCCCCAGCGAAGCCGACCCCCGGCUUGGAGAUCCUCAGGGUUGCAGGCAUGUCCGAGGUGAAGAGCCGGAAGAAGCCGGGGCCCAAGGGGGCUGCCGCCGAGCCCGAGAAGCGGAGCGAUGGCAGGAAGAACCCCGAAGCACGCGGCGGCGCGGGCUGGGCGGACCCCCGCACCGGGCUCAGCCUGCUGUCGCUGGCGACGUGCCUGGGCCUGGCCUGGCUUGUAUUUCAGCAAUCGGAAAAGCUUGCGAAGAUGGAAAGCCAGUACCAGUUACUGCAAACAGAAGGCGGCGAGCUUCAAGGACUGCGGAAUAAAAUCAGUUUGAUUUCAGACAAGCUUGAGUCUACCGAAAGUAUCCUGCAGGAAGCUACAUCAACCAUGGCUCUGAUGGCCCAGUUUGAACAGGAAGUAGCUGGCCUCCAAAGAUCCAUACAGGACAUUGAGAAUAGUGAAGAGAUGCUCACACAAAAGAUGCAAAACCUUAAUGAGAAAUUCCAGAACAUUACAGAUUUCUGGAAGAGAACUCUGGCAGAAAUGAGCAAUAAUACAGCCACUUUCAAAUCAGAAGCAAAGCAUAUACAUUCUCAAGUAACCAUGAAAAUUAACUCAGCUGAGCAAGAAUUGAAAUUGCUCACUGACCGGCUGAGAGAUUUGGAAGACAGCACCCUGCGAAACGUGAGAACAGUAAGCAGGCAAGAAGAGGAAGACCUUCUCCGAGUGCAGGCGCAGCUGAGCUCUGAUUCGGAAGCAGUUGAGAAGCUGCAGGAAGCCCAGCACGCUCUCCUAGCCAGAGAGGAAGAUCUGACCGGUAAACUCUCCAACUACGGACCCAAAGUUGAGGAGUGCAAGGCACAUUUGCCGGCUGUGGAAAAUGCGGUCCACUCCAUUCUCAGAGUCUCUCAGGAUCUGAUGGGGACAGAAAAGAAAAUGGAAGACCUGACUCUGCAGAUGUUUAACAUGGAAGAUGACAUGCUAAGGGCGGUGUCUGAUAUAAUGGAGAUGCAGAAGACCCUGGAGGGGAUUCAGUACGACAACAGCAUCUUAAAGAUGCAGAACGAACUGGUUGUUCUGAAAGGGAAAGUUCACGAUUUCAUAACCUACUCAAGUGCAAGAGAGAAGGGGACUUUGGGGAAAUAUGACCUAGAAAACAAGGGAGCUGGUGAUUAUUAGGGUUCCUGCACACUUUUGGUGGACUAUAUUAUUCAGUGGAAAUCAGUCAGUUCUAUGUUUUUUCAGUCAUUUUUCUCUGCCUCGCUUUAUAGAGAAUAAGUGGAGUAUGGUCCGUAUGGAGUGUGCACAUAAUCACAGUUCUCUCUUUUUAAGCUCUAAAACUUAUUUUAACCAUUUUAAAUAGAAAUAGUUCUGCGGGGAGGUGGUGGCACAUACCUUUAAUCCCAGCACGCAGAGGCAG